UUCAGAUGAGGCCCAAUUUGAUACACAGCAUGGUACGGUCAGGCUUAUUUGUUUUGUCUUCUUACUUUUGCAGAAAAUCACAGACGAGGAAUGUACUUACAGAUAAGCCAGGAUGGAAGCGUGUCUGGUAGCGACGUUCAGACUCCUAACGGUGUGCUGCAGUUACAGUCGGUGCAGCCGGGCCACAUCGCCAUUAAAGGUCAGAGGUCAUCGCUGUUUCUGUGCGCUGACAAUGCGGGCUCUCUGAGGGGGCGGUCGUCUUUCUCAGAGGACGACUGCACUUUCCGAGAGCUGCUGCUGGCAGACGGGUACACCCGCUUUGUGUCCCCGCAUCACGGAUUUGCCCUGUCGCUGAAUCCCAGGCGUUCCCCGGAUGGGCACGCCGUCCCCUUCACCCGAUUCCUGCCACUCAGAGAUACUCUCCCGAGGGAAACGGCAUCCCAACGGGCGCCGGUGAGGGAAAACUUCAACCUGGAUUCCGAUGACCUUCUGGGAAUGUCUCAGGGUUCUAUGCUCAGUCCUCAGUUCUCAGCGGAAAAGUGACGAGAGUGAGUGCUAAGCAUUCAUUGGUGGAUUUUUAAAUUAAAAGAAAAAUGGAUGGACAGAUUGAAAAAUGUGAAAUGUUGUACUGUAUUGAAUUGAUUUUUUUGUUGUGUAUUUAAUAAUUAAUAUUAUUGUAUUUUAUUAUUUCAGUGUAUGUUUUGAAUGUUUGAGUGUGGAUAGGGUGUUUGUGUCAAGAUUACAUGCAUUUUAUUACACUGGAAAA